AUGCGUCCGCGCGCGCGCGCGCGUCGCGGCGCCGUCGCGACGACCGUCGCGGCGGUCCGCGCCGCCGUCGACGCCUCCCGACGCCUCCCGACGUCGUAUCGUCGUAUCGCGCUCCUCCCCGUCCUCGCGCUCUGCGCGCUCGGCGCGUGCGUCGGCCUCGCGGACGCGGGGCCCGCGCUGGGAGCGCGCCGCCGCCUCCUCGACGCCGUCGCGACUCCGGUCCCCGUUCGCGCGUCCGCGAAGGCCGCGACCAGGCCGCCGACGAUCGUCUCCGCGCGACGUCCCGAGCCCGACGCGGCUGCCGCGCGUUUCGGCGGCGCCGAAGCCGCGAAGCCGCGCGGCGCGACGACGAGACCGCGGUUCGAUCCCGACGCCGACGCCGAGCUCGACCUCGAGCCGAGGCCGCGCGACGGCAUCACGCGCCCCGGUCGCGUCGGCGUCGCGCGCCCCGACGGCGUAUCCCGCCCCGAACGACCGACGUCCACCGCGUCCGACCCCCUGUGGGGCGUCUCCGGCGAAGCCGCGCUUCACCUCGAAGAGGGGUGGUGCCCUCCGGGGGUGGUGAACUUCGCGAACUGCGACCCGCGCCCUGGAACCGCGCUGGGGUUGCCGACGCCGCGCGUGCCCGUCAUCGACGACGACGCCGCGGACGCCGUCCUCCUCGGGCGCGCGGACUGGGAGAACGACCUCUCGCUGAAGCCGUUUCGGCUUCGGUUCACGAUGCCCCCCAGGGCGGUGCCGCAGGCGACGGUGGAGAACGUCGUCAUCGAAGCCAAGAACCCCGGCGGGUACUCGAAGACGCAAACGUUCGAGUGGUACGAGGUGCGGCAGAUGCUGUCCUUCAUCGAGCUCUUCCCCCCCAACGUCUGCGCGCCAGAUCCGAACGUUUGCCGUCCGUGCGUCACCGCCGAGAACAGCGCGGGGGUCGAGCACGGCGCGCCCGCCCUCGACGACCCGGCGACGUGCGUCGACGGCCGGCGGUGCCUGCGCGCCGGCGAGGUGCCGUUCUGGUGGUACAACGGCAUCGCGCCCGGACCUCUGUUUCGCAUCCCGACGGAUCUGAAGUGGCGAAACGCGCUCAAGGACGCCCAAGCGCAGCAGUUCGUUCCCCCGGUCGUCGUCGUCCGCCAGGCGAACGAUCUGCCGGCGGACUGCGCGGGGGGCGCGACGACGCACGACGAGCUCGAGUGUAAGCGCGCCAUCACGUCCACGCAUCAUCACGGCUCGCACUCGCUUCCCGGGUUCGACGGGUGGGCGGACGACGUCACCAAGUCGGGCGAGUGGAAGGACUACGUCUACGCCGUGGACAUGGGCCCGAGGACGAACUGGUACCACGAUCACGGGAUUCACAACACCGGAUUCAACGUCGCGAACGGUCUGUUCGCGAUGUUCCCGAUCUACGUUCCCCCCCAGUACGAGGACGGCCCGCACGGCGAACGAAUUCUCCCUCGGUGGAUCGACGGCGUCUGCAACGUCUUCGCCGACGGGCCCGGCAACCUCGGGAACAAGGAAGGUCGAUGCUUCGAGUUCCCGAUGAUCUUGUCCGAAGCGCGGUUCAACAACGAGGGCGGUCAAACCGCGAACGGCGACGGCAAGGGCGUCGCGAACGUCCCGGCGGGAACCUGCCGCGUCGACUACGAGAUCGAGGGUAACAUCUACAAGGCGGACGUGAUCACGGUCAACAAGCUCCCUUGGCCGAAGAUGAAAGUCUUCGCGGGGUACAAGUACCGCGGCCGAGUGCUCGGCGCGAGCAUCUCGCGCUCGUAUCGCCUGAGUCUCAGCGGCGGCAACGGCUGCGCGAAGAUGAUCGUCGUGGGCACGGACACGGAGCUGCUUCUCAACCCCGUCGUCGUGAAAUUUCUCGACGUCAACUCCGGGGAGAGAUACCAAGUCGUGUUCGAUUUCUCCAACUGCGUCGUCCCCGAGGGGAAGAAGAAGAUCAACGUGCACCUCCGCAACGCGAACGACUUCUUGAACAACGAAGAAUACCUGCACACGGACAAGGUGAUGAGGUUCCAGGUCAGGAACCCGCCGGCGAAGAUCAAAAACGCCGGGCAGCCGUCGAUGCUCGCGAGCGACUGGGAGGGCGGCGGCGGCGUGCCCUGCGCGUUGGAUCCGUCAACGAUGACGGGCGAGAACGCGAAGAUCUGCGCCAACGCGAAGCUCGUUCCCGACGCCGCCCCGACCUGGUACAAGAACGAAGACGUCUGCCUGCUCUCGGAGAACGACGCGUUGCUGCGACGCGAGGCGGUUCAGACCGCGCUCAGGGCGCUGGACGUCGUUCGCGGCGUGGAGCCCGACGCGUACGGCGAAACGCGCGUCCGCGAGAUCACCGAGAGUCGUCCCGCGUCCGUCGACAUCAGCGCGACGUUCUCCGCGGACGACCCGAAGACCAACCCGAACGGUUUCGCGACGCUCAGCGACGCGUGUCACGGCGCGUCGGGCCAGGGAGAGAUGACCACGACGCACGCGAAGCUCGAAGUCGCGGGCGCCGUCGGGCCGGUCCAGUGCGUCACGGUGCGCACGCUGAUCUUCGCGAGAACCGGCGGCGAGUGGGUCAUCAACGACAAGACGUGGCGAUCCGGCGACCGCGACGCGAUGGGCCGGAUCGAAGCGGCCGCGCAGUACGGCUGCCUCGAGGUGUGGCACAUCAUCACCGGCGGCGGCGGGUGGCAUCACCCCGUGCACCUGCACCUCAUCGACGCGUGGAUCGUCGAGCGGAAGGACGGUCGCGAAGACGAGGCGCGAAAGGCGUGGCCGGAAGGUCGCGGCGUUUUUCCGUACGAGACGGGAUCGAAGGACGUGUUUUUCGUCGGGUUCAACGAGCACGUCACGAUCGCGUUCUUCGCGGACUCGAACCGCGGGAACUACAUGUUCCACUGCCACAACCUGAUACACGAAGACGACGACAUGCUCCUCGCGUUUACCGUGACGCGCGAGACGUACGACGCGGACGCGGUUCCCGUCUCGAAGGACCUCAUGAUGCAACCGCCGUUCGAUCCGCGGUUCCCGUACCAAACGAAGGUGACGCCGGGAGAGAGCACCAAGAGCCAAGGCCAGGACGUGCAUCGGUACCUGUUCCCGCGCUCGACGCAGCCGGACGGCGCGAACUCGGGGCUCGUGACCGCGAGCGGCUACAUGUUCGAGUACGAGAAGUUGUGGCAGGUCCAGUCGCCGAUAAGGGAUCACCAGGUCGAAGCCACGGCCGCGAUAAAGGAGCUGUUCGAGAACGGGGGGAAAGGACGUACCGGGAAGUACUACGAGGAGGACGGGAAGUUCUACGCGAGCGGCGAGAGGAACGUGGCCGGCGACCUUUUGCUCGGCGAAGAUACCGAGCCGAGCCAGAAGAAUCGAAACGGCGACAUCGAGGAGAUGUUCUUCUCGAGGUACUGA